UAAGAAAAAAAAAUUGAAAAUCGUAGAGACAAAGACGAGGGUGAAAUUUUUUCCAAUGCAAUAUUUAUCCUAUCCAAGAAGAUUGUUCUUGGUUGGAAUAUAUUGCUCAUUUUUAAUUUUAUUUGCCGCGGCAAUAUUAUCAAAUAUUGCCCCGGCAAAAUAUUAUAUUCCCCUUCUAAAUUGAAAUAAAAUUUCAUACUACAUGUUUUAACACAUACAAGAAAGCUACAAUUAUUGGCAUAAACUUCGAAAUCAAAUGUCUUUACCAGAACCCUUAGAUUUGGGGCAUAACAGCGUUGCCAUUGCCAUCGACAAGGGAAAGAAUAGCCAAUCAGCUGUACAAUGGACUGUUGAUAAAUUUUUGAAGGGAUCAAAAGAAUCGACCGUCGUUCUUGUUCAUGUUAAAACCCACAAUAUUCAUUCUCAUAUGGAAUACAAUCCAAACGGUUCAACUCCAUCAGAUUCUGAAAUGAAACAAUUAUUUCUUCCUUACCGUGGAUAUUGUGGUCGAAAAGGGAUAAAUGCAUACGAAGUGGUACUCCAUGAUAUCGAUGUGGCAAGUGCACUUACUAGUUACAUUACGGAAAACUCCAUUGGCAAUAUCAUUCUUGGCGCUUCUAAUCACAACGUAAUUACAAGGAGGUUUAAGGCGCAAGAUAUUCCAACAAGUUUAGAAAAAUCAGCACCAAAUUUCUGUAGUGUGUAUGUUAUUUACAAAGGAAAAGUGCAUUCGAUGCGUGCUUCAAAUAUAUGUCAAGUGCCUUCUUCACAUACAAACUCCAAAACCUCAAGGUCAUCACAUAAGUCUAGUUAUAGCAGUGGCUCCGACAGUCGUUCGUCCGCCUCGUCCCGAUCGCCGGGAUCAUCCAUAUCGCACGGUGGCGCAGGGCGUCCAACUAGUCCAUACGAAAAUACUAGAAAUGAUAAUGCCUCUAGAUCACCAGGAGUGGUACGUCCAGCUAGUCCACACAAAAACACUAGAAAUUGUGAGAGUCAUCGAGGUCGUUCAUCUUCUAGAUCGCAUAGUCCAUACAACAACACUACUAACGAUAAUGCCUACAGAAACCAAAGUACGGGACAAUCAACUCGUCCUCACACUCCUCCAAACGGCAACCAUUGCCACGACAAUUCCUAUCGAUCGCAGGAUUUGGGGCAACCAACUUCUCAUCAACCUAUUGUACAAAAAAAAUUUACUCAUCAACAUAGCUCAAGUUUUGACGAUUCCUUGAGAGUUCAAGAUAUGGGGCAACCACCUACUCAUCCACACCACACUAACAUCGAAAAUACUCCCAGAAGUAAGAUUUAUGAAACGUUAUGCAGAGAUCAUAGUCCACAGGGUAAUGGCGCCAUGCCUAACGAACGCAACGUCUCACGUUCUCGAACAUUGAGACGAUCUCAGAGCUUUUCAUCGGAUGAACUAUGCGAUGAGGUGAGGCAUUUGAAGCUCGAAAUAAAGAAAACAAUGGACCUCUAUAGAACAAUAUGCAAGCAAACUACAGCAGCUAAGCAACAGGCGGAUCUUAUUCAAUGUAUGGAAGGAGAAGAUAGCAUUGAGGGAAUGAAGUUAGGAAGAGAAAGCGCGAUGAUUGUAGCAGAGCUAGAGGGACAAAAAUGUCAAGCAGCAAUGAAAGCUGCACAGAUGACAGAACAAUUAGUCGAGAUGGAGACUCGAAAGAGAAAAAUGGCGGAAGAAAGAGCUGCGAAAAGAGAAGAAGUUGGACUUAGAGCAAGAAAUGCAAACCAAGUUAGACACAGAGAGUACUCUAUUAAAGAAAUUGAAGUUGCAACAAAUAACUUCUCAAAUACUUUGAAGAUUGGUGAAGGUGGGUAUGGACCUGUGUUUCGAGCCAUCCUUCAGCAUACCCCUGUCGCCAUUAAGGUCUUGAGGCCAGAUGCUUCUCAAGGGCUUAAGCAAUUUCAACAGGAGAUUGAGGUGUUAGGACGAAUUAGACAUCCAAACAUGGUACUCCUCUUAGGUGCUUGCGCAGAGUACGGGUGCCUCGUAUACGAGUACAUGGAGCAUGGAAGCUUAGAAGACCGACUAUUCUGCAAGGACAACACUCCUCCCAUCCCAUGGAGAACCCGAUUCAAGAUUGCGGCCGAGAUAGGAAGCGCCCUUCUAUUCUUACACGAGGCCGAGCCACCAAUGGUACACCGUGAUCUAAAACCAGCAAACAUUCUCCUAGACGGAAACUACACUAGCAAGAUAGCCGAUGUAGGCCUAGCAAGACUAGUCCCACCCGCAGUAGCAAACCAAAUCACACAAUACCACAUGACUGCUGCAGCAGGAACAUUCUGUUACAUUGAUCCAGAAUAUCAGCAAACUGGAAAACUUGGUACAAAGUCUGAUGUUUAUUCAUUGGGAAUCAUGCUAUUACAACUUAUCACGGCGAAACCUCCAAUGGCGUUGUCUUACUAUGUUGAAGAAGCUAUUGAAGAUGGUUCUUUUGGCGAAAUACUUGAUCCUCUAAUCCAUGAUUGGCCCUUUCAGGAAGCUUUGACGCUUGCUAAAUUGGCUCUAAAGUGUAGUCAGAUUAGGAAGAAGGAUAGGCCGUAUUUGGAUUCCGGUGUGUUACCGGAAUUAAUCCGGCUUAGAGACUUUGCUAUGACGUCUUAAAUUAACUUGCUUUCUUCUUCCAUUUUUUUUUUGAUCAUGUUUUUUCUUGACUAAGUCAGGACUCAGGAAGCAGGGAAUUGUAACAUUGUUGUAGCAGAAAUAUAUCUUCAGUAAAUGAUAAAAUUGUGCAUUC